GUGGGCGGCCACUGUCGCCUGGCAACCAGGUGGCAGCGUCCCUUGAGCCCGGACCACACAGUUGCGCCCAGCCCUGCCCAGCUCCUCCCGGGCCUGCGAGACUCCUGGGGCCCUGUCCUUAUUCCUCAAGCCCAGGAUGGCUGGCACCUCGGCCACAAUGAACAUCGUCCUCUCCAGGGACAGCCAGGCGAGGAUGAUGGAGGACACGGUGGCCAACGCCGAGAAGCACUUGGGGCAGUUCUGCUCGCUGCUGGCCGCCUACACGCGCAAGACGGCCCGGCUGCGGGACAAGGCGGACCAGCUGGUCGGGCAGCUCAUCGGCUUCGCCAGCGCCGAGCCCCCCGAGCUGCGGGCCGCCGUGAGGAGCUUCGCCGAGGCCCUGGCGCAAGUGCAGGACUACCGGCAGGCCGAGGUCGAGAGGCUGGAGACCAAGGUCGUCAACCCCCUCAAGCUCUAUGGGGCGCAGAUUAAGCAGACGCGGGCUGAGAUCAAGAAACUCAAACACGCCCAAAAGAAUGAGAUCAAACAACUGCAGAAGCUGGAGAAACUGAGGCAGAAGUCGCCCUCAGACCGGCAGAUGAUCUCCCAGGCAGAGACCAGCGUGCAGAGGGCCUCGGCGGACGCCAGCCGCACCACCCGCCAGCUGGAGGACACGGUGGGCGCCUUCCAGAGGCAGAAGCUGAAGGACCUGCAGAAAAUUUUUUCUGAUUUUGUGACCAUCGAGAUGGUGUUCCACGCCAAAGCGGUGGAGGUGUAUUCCAGCGCCUUCCAGACCCUGGAGAACUAUCGCCUGGAGCGAGACCUGCAGGAUUUUACAGCCAAGAUGCAGGGAGUUUACGGGCAUCACACUGCUCGGCCGCUCGCUGAUAGCAACCCCUCUCCGCCUGUGCCGCGGCCUCCUGCCAGCCGGAGUGCUGAGAGCGCCACACGGAGGCAGAGAACGGAAGAGGAGGUGAGUGAGGACGGCUCCGCGGAGGAGGCCCCCGUGGAGGACCUCAGGGGACAGGGGCUGCAGACGUAG